UGCGCGCGGAGAUCACACAGCUGCGUAGUCGACACGUCAAAACAACGGGCUGGCGGAGUCGACGGUGCAAAACGAGAGGAAGAAAGAGAGCGUGCCAGCGAUGACGAUUCAUAACUUGUACAUUUUCUCCAAGACCGGCACGUUGCUGUACUACGCCGAAUGGAACCGAUUGAACAAGUCGGGGAUAACGAAGGAGGAGGAAGCAAAAUUGAUGUAUGGGAUGCUCUUUUCCAUAAAAUCGUUUGUAAGCAAAAUCUCGCCGUUGGAUUCCAAGGAAGGGUUUAUGUGUUACAAGACGAGCAAGUAUACGCUUCACUACUUUGAAACGCCGUCGGGCCUUAAGUUUGUCUUGAAUACUGAUAAUGCAAGUCAGAACGCCCGAGAAUUGUUGCAGCAAUUGUACAGAGAAGUCUACCUGGAAUACGUAGUAAAGAAUCCACUCUGCCGGUUAAACGAACCUAUACAAAGUGAAUUAUUUAAAAUAAAGGUAGAUGAACUAUUUAAAAAAUCGCCUCUGUUUCUAAGUCGAUCGUUAUAGAUAGUAAGAAAAAUAAAAUUUUUAUAUAUAAAAAUGAAUUGGACUGUUUUAACAAUAAAUAAUACCAAAUAUCACGUGAUACGUCGCUUAAAACCCUUAGGUUUCAAGAGUUCACGUUACAAUGGUAAAGUUAGGUUGGUUAAAUUUGAAUAUUAAGUUCUGUGUAAUGAUACUGAUAGUGAAUUGUACAUUUGGAACGCAAUCUUGUCUCAGUUUUAGGUUUUUUUUGCAGCAGUUUAUUUUACUUCCCAGAGAAAUAUAUAUACACUUGUUACAAUGACGUGUAAAACGAUAAUAACAGUGCUUAUUUAAAAGAUAUUUCUGUGCUGUACAAUAUUAAUGACGGGCAAGUACAGGCAAAUUAAAUAAAUAUAGAUUUAUAUAUUAUUUGUAGAUGCCAGUACUCUAUAACCAUACUAAGUAAUGAUCCUAAUAUUUGCGAUUUUUGUAUAAUAAAGGUAGUGCAGUAGG